AUGACCGCAUCAAUCUUGAGUUAAUUUCCCAGCCCUGGGAGGCAUCGUUGCUUUUGAUCCUAAUUUUUUUUUGGUUUUUUUGCCUGCGUUGUUUACCUUGGUUUUCUAUUUCUUUAUUCUGUAGUGUGGUUGAUCGCUGCUUGUGAUUCGAUCCCCUUCACCUUCCAUCCUUCCUCCAUCCCGCAAGUAAAUCGCCCCCUCAUCGCCACAGUAUCUCCGUUUUUUACCCCGGGUUGGUCGCAGUAAGUCAAGUGAAUGAUAUGAAGAAAUCAAGGGGAAAAGAAAGAACUAACCCCUCGCUUCUCUCGCUGGAAUAUAGAAAGGCACGUUCCUGUUCGAUCGACCACACAACCUAUCCUACCACGACCACUCUUGGAUUCCACAAGGGUAGAAAACAAGGCGCGAGGAAUUCCGGCUCCUUCGCUCGCUCAGAGCCCAGUCGUUUGUCUGCGGCGGGGGAAAGAAGAAUGGCUUCUUCAUUUAUCACCACCAUGUCUGUUCCCUUGAUUUCUGUUUCCUUUGUUGAUGACGCUGCCCCUCUUCCGAUGUCAUCAACGUCCGCAUCCUCCCCAAUACCCCCAGCUCUCGCCCCUUCUGCAUCCUACAACACCGUGCAUAAAUCCUAUGUCACCCUCUCAGAACCUCCGUCUUAUCUUUCGUCUGCUGUUUGCGCACUAAACCCAGGGUUCUGUGGACUAACUCCUCCCAGCAAUGCUCGGACACGAGCCCCCUUCAAGCCUCGUUCUACGGCCAAGGGGACUAGCAGCUAUCAACUCAGACAAUUCGCGGAGGCUACCCUCGGCAGUGGGAGCUUACGGAAGGCAGUGAGGCUUCCAGAGGGCGAAGAUAUCAACGAAUGGCUUGCUGUUAACGUUGUCGACUUCUACAACCAGAUCAAUCUUCUUUACGGAUCCAUCACCGAGUUUUGCUCCCCACAGACAUGUCCCGAAAUGAAGGCGACCGAUGAAUUCGAGUAUCUGUGGCAGGAUUCGGAGAAUUUCAAGCGGCCCACGAAGAUGUCUGCGCCCGAGUAUAUCGAACAUCUGAUGAGCUGGGUUCAGAGUAACGUCGACAACGAGCAGAUGUUUCCUAGUCGGCUGGGUGCUCCGUUCCCAAAAGCUUUCUCCAGUCUCGUCCGGCAGAUCUUCAAGAGAAUGUAUCGAGUGUAUGCGCACAUCUACUGCCACCACUAUCCCGUGAUUGUGCAUUUAGGCCUCGAGCCACACCUCAAUACCAGUUUCAAACACUACGUGUUAUUUAUCGAUGAGCAUCGGUUGGCAAGUGGAAAGGAUUUCUGGGGACCGUUAGGAGAUUUGGUGGACAGCAUGCUGCGCAGCGACUAAUCCGUGUAGCAAGGGACGAAGACGAAUGCACAAGAAUAAAUUGGCGUUAAGGUGUUAGGGAAGGAUAUUUCCAUGACGUGUCCGAGUCGAGAGGAGCAUGUCUUUUUAUGUUUUAUAAUGAUUUUUUAAAAAAGAGAAAUGAAAAUUUCCAUCACCAAC